AUGGCGGAUAGUAGAAAGCGUGGGCGUUCUGAUGAUAAGGUGAAAAAUAAUCGAAGUCCCAAGAAAUCCGCUAGGAUUAGCUCUUGGAAAGAUGAGGAAGUGUUGGCACUUUUAUCCAUAAUGAAAGAGGAAACUAUUUUGUAUAACUUGGACAACGAUAAGACACCAAAAGAGAAACGAAGUGCAUAUAGACAUGUGGCUGCAAAGAUGGAACAGAAAGGUAGUGUACUAUGUACUGUUUAUAACCACAGCAUCCAUACAGUACAGUGUAUGUAUAUUUGGAAUCUGGAGUUAAUAAUAUGCGUUUGUUUAUUAUACCCCUUAAUUUUAAAAUUUUAUUCAAGCAAUAUAACAUUAGAACAUUCAAAUACACACCAAUAGGGUUGCAUUAUUAAAUAUUUAUAUGUUGAGGAUUUUGAGGGGGAUCUUAAAAUUUAGUGACUAAAAAAGAGGGAUGCCAAGUUUAUUUCUUAGGGAGUGGUCAUCAUUUAUGCGGACGGGGGUUGGUAAAUGGGGGGAAAUGAAGUUAUACCCUUAUAAAUAGGGGGUCAAAAACGUUAAUGCAGAGAAAGGGGGUCAAAAAAGUGUUUGAAUUUAAAUACCAUGUCUAGAGUUCUGAUUUAUAUAAUCACAAAUAGCUACAAAGAAGACUUGAAAAUGCCAUUUCCAACGAUCUAGAGACUCAAAAUUUUCAAAAUUUCCCUUUCCAAUUUGGUCUAUCAAAGCACAAUGUAAUGCUGUAUAUCCAAAAAUCUGUUUCAGAAAAUGCUCACAUUUCAGUCCUAGGGGUGGAAAAAUACAAAAAAUUUUCUGGGGGAGAAUAUCCCAGAACCCCCUACUAGUACAUACAACACCACACCAAACUUUUUGCCACCAACAACCAUCUGUCAUCUCUGAUUCUCCACACUCAGUAUAGUAUGAUCCCUUUUUGUAGAUGGCCACCCCCAGACAAGUUCUUAAAAAAAAGCCCCGUGUUCAAAUCAUUUCAUUGUAUGAAGAUCAGUGGUGCCUAAAUUACUUUGAUUUUAUACUUGAGUAAAAGUAGAAGUAAUUCGCAUUAAAACGACUUGAGUAAAUGUAAAAAGUACUGGAGAGAAUACGUACUUGAGUAAAAAGUACAAAGUAUUUUUCAAAAAUACUUAAGUACAAGUAAAAAGUACAAGUACUGUAUAGAGUAUAUCGAGGAAUGACACUCUGGAUUAGACUAAUAGACCACCAACAAUACGAUAGUUACAUACCGCAAUUUUAACUUCAGGCCUCUUGGGAUUUUCAAUUUUUUAUUAAAUUUUAAUUAAGCACUACUGGGGGAUUAUGAUGGGUGUCUACGGCUACAAGGGAUUUCAAAGUUGCAAUUUAAUACCAAUGACACGCAAACAUUACAUACAUACAUUGACCUGAACACAAACCUAGUUUCCUUUUUAAAACUUAAAACUUCGUUGAAAUUUAACGUAACCGCACAUUGGGCUAUUCCAAUUUCUAUCCGCACCCUCCGGUGA